CCCCUCUCCCGCAGCUGGAGCAGAUGACGGCAGAAUCCCAGAGCUCCCUGAGCUCCCUGCGGUCGCAGCUGGAGGAAUUCAGGGAGAAAUCCCGGCGGGAGCUCACGGAUUCCCAAAAGCAGGCCAAGGACCGCGGGGCCGAGGUGGAGAAGAUGCAGCUCAGCCUCGGGAGGCUCCAGGACGAGGUGUCCCGGCUGAAGCAGGCUCUCCAGGAGAGCCAGGCCGAGCGGGAUAACGUCCUGCUGGAUAAGGAGGUUCUGCUCCAGCGCCUGCACAACCUGGAGCAGGAGAUGGACACCCGGAAGCGCUCCCAGGACGAGCGAUCCCGGCACGCCAAGGCGCUGGAGGAGAAGUCCAAGCGGCUGGAAGUGGAGCUGGAUGAGGAGAGGAGCACAGUGGAGCUGCUGACGGAGCGGGUCAACCGGAGCAGGGACCAGAUCGACCAACUGCGGGCAGAGCUGCUCCAGGAACGCUCCAGCCGCCAGGACCUGGAAUGUGACAAGGUGUCGCUGGAGCGGCAG